AUGGCGGAGGCAGAGGCGGGGGUGGCAGUGGAGGUCCGUGGAUUGUCCCCUGCUGUGCCUGACGAGCUGCUCAGGCUCUACUUUGAGAACCGCCGACGUUCUGGAGGGGGACCUGUGCUGAGCUGGCAGAGACUGGGCUGUGGGGGUAUCCUCACCUUCAGAGAGCCUGCAGAUGCCGAGAGGGUCUUGGCCCGGGCAGACCAUGAACUGCAUGGUGUCCAGCUGAGCCUGCGGCCAGCUCCCCCACGAGCCCCUGCACGCCUGCUGCUCCAAGGACUGCCCCCUGGCACUGCACCCCAGCUCCUGGAGCAGCAUGUCCAGGCCUUGCUUCGUGCCUCGGGGCUCCCGGUGCAGCCCUGCUGUGCCUUGGCCAGCCCCCGGCCAGACCAGGCUCUGGUCCAGUUGCUGAAGCCCCUUUCUGAGACAGAAGUCCGUGUCCUGGAGGAGCAGGCCCAGAAUCUGGGCCUGGAGGGGGCCUUGGUGUCCCUGGCCCGGGUGCCCCAGACCCGAGCGGUGCGUGUGGUGGGUGACGGUGCCUCUGUGGAUCUGCUGCUGCUAGAGCUGUACUUGGAGAAUGAGCGUCGCAGUGGCGGGGGGCCCCUGGAGGGCCUGCGACGCCUGCCUGGGUCCCUGGGCACUGUUGCCUGCUUCCAGCAGUGGCAAGUGGCAGAACGAGUGCUGCAGCAGGACCACAGGCUGCAGGGCUCAGAGCUGAGCCUUGUCCCCCACUAUGAGGUCCUGGAGCCCGAGGAGCUGGCUGAGAACACCAGUGGAGGGAACCACCCAUCCACCCUGGGGCAUACGGCCAUAGAGCAUGCUCUCCUGAGGAUGGGAGGGCUGGCUACAGCUCUGCAGGGUACAGAGACUGCGACAGUAGGCUCUGGCGAGGAACCAGGACAGUCAGGGGCCUCUCUGAGGACAGGUCCCAUGGGGUUUCUGGAAAAGGCAGAGCCGGUUGGCUCGAUGCCCAUGGGGUCUCUGGAACAUGAGGGGCUGGUAAGCCUGAGGCCUGUGGGGUUACAGCAACCGGAGGGGCCCAUGAGCCUGGGGCCUGUGGGGUCUGCAGGCCUGCUGGAGAUCUCUAAGGGGCUGCCGGAGCAGGAGGGCCUGGUGGAGAUUGCCACGGACUCACCGGGGCAGGAGGGGCUGGUGGGUCCCCCGGAGAUCACUGUGGGGUCUCUGGAGCAGGCGGGGCCUGUGAGCCCCGGGCGUGCGAGGCUGCUGGGGCAGGAGGGCCUGGUGGAGAUUGUCACGGACUCACCGGGGCAGGAGGGGCUGGUGGGUCCCCCGGAGAUCGCUGUGGGGUCUCUGGAGCAGGCGGGGCCUGUGAGCCCUGGGCGUGUGAGGCUGCUGUGGCAGGAGGGCCUGUUGGAGAUUUUCACGGACUCACCGGGGCAGGAGGGGCUGGUGGGUCCCCCGGAGAUUGCUGUGGGGUCUCUGGAGCAGGUGGGGCCUGUGAGCCCCGAGCGUGUGAGGCUGCUGGGGCAGGAGGGCCUGGUGGAGACGGUACUGUCGAUGGAGCCGGGCGCAAUGCGCUUUCUGCAGCUGUACCAUGAGGACCUUCUUGCCGGCCUGGAAGAUGUAGCCCUCUUCCCACUUGAAGGAUCGGAUGUGACUGGCUUUCGGCUCUGCGGAGCCCAGGCCUCCUGCCAGGUGGCCGAGGAGUUUCUGCAGAGCCUGCUGGGCAGCAUUAGCUGCCAUGUGCUACACCUGGAGCACCCGGGCAGUGCCAGGUUUCUCCUGGGCCCAGAAGGGCAGCGACUGCUCCAUGGGUUGGAGGCUCAGUUCCAGUGUGUCUUUGGGACGGAGCGCCUGGCCACAGCCACCGUGGACACAGGCCUUGAAGAGGUGGAUUCUGCUGAGGCCUUCCCAGUGCUCCCUGGCCAUGCCCAUGCCCUGUGGCCCCCCGACAGUACAGGCAGUGACCAGAAGGAUAUGAGCCUGGAGGAGGUCCGAGAACUGCUGGCCAACCUGGAGGGCCUAGACCUUGAUGGGGAGAACUGGCUGCCUCCAGAUCUGGAGGAGGAGAAGCCUCAGGAGCACCCGGAGGAGGAGGAGGAGGCGACCCCAGGGCAUGAGGAGGAUGAGCCUGUGGCCCCCAGCACUGGGGCCCCGAGGCGGCUGGAGGAGGAGGCUGCGCUGCAGCUGGCACUUCACCGGUCACUGGAGCCUCAGGGCCAGGUGGCUGAGCAGGAGGAGGCUGCUGCCCUGCAGCAGGCCCUAGCUCUGUCCCUGCUGGAGCAGCUCCCAUUGGAGGCAGGAGACCCUCCAGAUGGGGGAACUGAUGGCAGAGCCCAGCUGGUGGUGCACUUGGCCUUUGAGCAGGAUGUGGAGGAGCUGGACCAGGUGCUCAGGGCUGCCUUGGAGGCCCACCUACAGGAGGAGACGGUGGGGCCCUGGCGCCGCACACUGCCUGCAGAGCUGUGCGCUCGCCUGGAGCGAUGCCAUGGUGUGAGUGUUGCCCUGCGUGGUGACUGCACCAUCCUCCGUGGCUUCGGGGCCCACCCUGCCCGUGCUGCCCGACACUUGGCAGCACUUCUGGCUGGACCCUGGGAUCAGAGUUUGGCCUUUCCUUUGGCAGCUUCAGGCCCUACCAUGGAGGAGCAGACGCUGAAGGGGCCCUGGAACAAGCUGGAGCGUCUGGCAGAGAGCACCGGGGAGUUCCGGGAGGUGGUGCAGGCCUUCUACGACACCCUGGAUGCUGCCCGCAACAGCAUCCACAUCGUUCGCGUGGAGCGAGUGUCGCACCCGCUGCUUCAGCAGCAGUAUGAGCUGUACCGGGAGCGCCUGCUGCAGCGAUGUGAGCGGGGCCCCGUGGAGCAGGUGCUAUACCACGGUACGACGGCGCCGGCAGUGCCUGACAUCUGCGCCCACGGCUUCAACCGCAGCUUCUGCGGCCGCAACGCCACUGUCUACGGAAAGGGCGUGUAUUUCGCCACGCGCGCCUCCAUGUCGGUGCAGGACCGCUUCUCGCCCCCCAACGCCGAUGGCCACAAGGCGGUGUUCGUGGCACGGGUGCUGACCGGCGACUACGGGCAGGGCCAUCGCGGUCUGCUCGCGCCACCUCUGCGGGGCCCCGGACACGUGCUCCUGCGCUACGACAGCGCGGUGGACUGCAUCCGCCAGCCCAGCAUCUUCGUCAUCUUCCACGACACGCAGGCGCUGCCCACCUACCUCAUCACCUGCAAGCACAUGCCCCGUGCUUCCCCCGACGACCCCUCUGAGCUCCGGGGCCCCUCCCCAGCCACUUGACCGCAGGGGCCACCCUCUGGCCUCCCGCUCCCCAGGCUCCCGGCUCCGCCCAGCCUGAUGCCCCCGCCCUCCGCUGUGGCCGCCUGAGCUGACCGCGGAGACGCCCCCGCCUCCCGCUGCGCGCUCCCGAAGGCGGGGUUGAGGGGCUGGGGUCCGCAGCGGCCGAGUGGGGCUGGGCCGGGUCUCCGCCUGGGACGACCCCACCACCAGGGGUCAGCAGAGCCCAGGAGGAGGGGGCGGCGACACCGCCCGCCCGCCGCGCCGCGUCCUCGCUCGAAACGGCUCUGUUGUUGAAUAAACGUGAACGUGAAACCGGGCGUGAGGGCCCCGGGAA